AGGAGGUGUAAUCAGAGCCUGGUCAUCUGUCCACCUGCAGGCUUGUCUCUGCCAAAGCCUCUUGCACUGAAUGGCCUGAGGAACAGGGUCCUUGUCCCCAGGAAAUCUAGGUGGAGGUAAGAACCAGCUGGGAGGAUUUUGUGGCCUCCCACAUCCAGGGCCUGGCUCUUCCCCUUGGGCCCAGAAGUGGGAGGGUGCUCGAGCAGUGUAGCUGACAAAUAAAUACCAAGUGAUUUUGAGGAAGCAGUUGAUAGAUCCACACAGGCCCCAUGAUGCUGGAGAUGCUAUUGCUGCCUUACCCCCUGCUGGGGCUGCUCCUGCUGACCCUGCUGGGGGCCGCCCUGCUGGGGGCCGCCCUGCUUUCCAGGCAGCGAGCUCCAGCACGGAACAAGAUCCCCAGGGCACAGAGGCGCAGGGAGGUGGCGCUGCAGCAGAUGGCAGCCCUGGCACAGCGUCUCCGGGAGCAGGAGCCAGGCCUGGACCCCAAGCCCAUCCUGGCGUUGCCCCUGGUGGAGCUGGCUCAGAAGCUGCAGGCGGAAGAGCUGAGUCUGGAGAGUGUCCUCUGUAGCUACUUAGAGGAGGCGCUGAAGGUGCACCAGGAGGUGAACUGCCUGACAGAUUUCCUGGAAGAAUGUGAGGAACAACUGCAGGCAUUGAAGAAGCUCAAGAAGAGUGAGAGAGGCCUUCUCUAUGGGGUCCCCAUGAGUCUCAAGGACCCCUAUGACUGCAUGGGCCAUGACUCUACGUGUGGCCUGGCACAGUUCCUGGAGAAGCCAGCGGCCAAGGACGGGGUCCUUGUGAAAGUGCUGAAGGCCCAGGGGGCCAUUCCCUUCGUUAAGACCAACAUACCCCAGUCAAUGCUCAG